UAUAAUGUUAUCAUCUAUGAUCUAUGUCGUGCCCGUUUUCUACCUUACUGGUUUUAGUUAUUACAGCAGCCAGAUCAAUAGUCAGUGGCUAGGAUGGAGGCGAAUAUAGCAUUUAGAAUGGAAGAUGUCGACGAAAUUUCACGUGUGUCAACUUGUCAUUUCUCCUUCAUAACUCAGAAUUUGAUUCCAAAAUCCGUGGUAGGUUUUCACAGAAUAGAAGCAUUCGACAAUAACUUUGAAGAAAAUCAAGAACUAAGUGCACUGAAUGAUGAUGAUGUGACAGCUUUACCCGUAGGUAGUGCAGCAGAAGGCCUCAAUAUGCCGAGAAUAACUCAAAUUACUAAAGGAUACCAUAAACCGUUGGAUUUGUCGGAUCUGGAUAUCAUGUUAGUCUUGAGUCAAUACAACAUCACAUUUGAUGAAGAAGAAAAGUCAAGUUUACGGUUCGCUGAUCCAAAAGAGUUGUUUCCGUGGGAGUUUUUCGCUUUAGCAGAGACUUCGAACAUCCAUCCAGGAUAUGUGCGCCUUAAUCGUUCCAAUACAAAGUUAUUAAAUGAAUAUCAAGAUAGAGAAAUGCUUCUUCUAAAUUUUCGUAUGCAUACAAUGGAAAGGAAAGAAUUCGUCGACGUGGUAGAAAUAAAUGGUCCGGCCUUAACCAUUCCUGUUUUUGCUUCAGACCGAAACAUUGGUGGAAAACCUUUACCAGUUGACAAAGUGCUUGCAAUGCCUUGCAACAAAUGGCCUCCAACGGCCAGAUCUUGGAUUGGCAGAUCUAAAGAAAAAGGAUGGCUCCAGGAAAAUCUCAUUCAGGAAAUUGUUAAAGAUGGUUGUCAUAUUGUUCCUGCCAAUCAUCGACAAGUAAGCAAAAUGAAAUCAAAAAAUGAAUGGAGGAUAUCUUUUGCCUCAGCUGAACGCAAAAUUGCAAGAGAGGCUUUAAGUGACGUUCAAAGACAGGCAUACAUUGUGAUCAAAACAGUAUAUCACCAAAGACUGAAAAACCUAGAACUCAUUUCAUCAUACCAUUUGAAAACUGUCUUCUUUUACACGUGUGAACGAAUACAUGGAACAUGUUGGGAAGAAAAUGUGGGUUCCUGUAUUUUGUACUUUCUUGAUAUCUUAAUCGAAUGUGCUGAAAAGGGAAAAAUCCCCAAUUUCUUCAUUCCAGAAAACAAUCUAAUUGACUAUUUAACUGAAGAAGAACUUGCCAAACUUUUGGAAUCUUUAAAUGAAAUUCGACAGAAUCCAGUUGAACAGCUACUGUUAUUUUUUGACGAUAAAUAUAUAGAGGAAAUAGGUGGUAAUGUAAGCUUCAGGUUUCUUUUUAAACCUGUAUUUGAAGAUAUGGAAAACUAUUUGCAACAUCGAAAUUACAAUAUUUCUGUAAAAAGGGCAUUCAAACCAUUUUUAGAAAAAAUGUUAGCUACGUUUCUAGAAGCACGGAAUUACAGAGAGGCUGUACGAACUGGAGAGGCUCUUCAUUCUCUACAGAACAAAUGUGGAAUGACAGAAGAAACAUUAGACAGAUUUUUCCUCUCUGCAAUACCGGAGAUGAUUUCUGAAGAAAAUGUCAUGAUUGGCUUUUUUAGUUAUCUUACAAAUCUGUACCAGAAUGAUGAAAGUUUUGUAUGCUGCAGAAAUCAUUUGACAUAUCUGCUUUCAGCUGUAGAAGAAGUAAGCGUUUCCAGUGAAGAUUGGACACUGUGUCAGAUUGUCUAAAGAUUUCGGUUUUCAUUGUACUCACAAUUGACAUUUUAUCAAACAUGCUGCUAGAAUCGUACUAUUUCCUGUAGUACAUACAUGUAAUUACAUUUUAUUAUCUCAAACAUUUCUCAACUUUUUUCACUUUACGCCAAUUAUCGAGUAAAUUAUGUUGCAGCAUUUUCCAUGUAUACAAUAUUUCUAAUCUAUAUUUAUGACGUCAUUAUUCUAGCAUUUCGUUUCGUUGUACACUACUAUCAUCAACCGUCGUAAAAUUUUCAACAAACCAUUUUAAAAAGAACGUAAAGAUAACGAACAAUAAUCAAUUGCAUAACUUCCACAACGAAUACAAAAUUAAGAAUAGCCCUGGACAUACCAGAGGUGGGAUCAGGUGCUUAGGAAGAGUAACCAUUCUCUGUCGACCGGUCACGCUCACCGUAAGGUAAACAGAAUAAUCCGUAGUAAAAAUCUUUGAUCAAAGAACGGCCUCAAUUGAAAACAUGCCAGACAAUAUUUUAUCCAAUGUCAUCUUGUAUUGGUAAAUUAGAUCGUUUUAACAACCAUAUAAUUUGCGAAAUGCUGAUUUCAAAAUGAAUUGUUGAAACCUCUGUAACAACAACUUGUUUGUCAGUAACCUGUCUCGAUCUAAAAACUGACCAUACGCGAACGAGCUCUUGCGUAUCGAAUCAGAUGAGAGACAUAAACACCAUAUGUAGGUGAUUAUGGAAAUAUGGGAAGUUGAGGAUGGAGAAGCUAAAGUUAUCCCGUUUGUCAUGAAGUUGAGUUGAUAGUUUGCUGUUAACAUCUCUGUUCAAUGAAAUAUUUAAGUACGAAGCAGAUGUGGAAGACUGUGGUGUCUUUUAUUUCGAGUCCAUUUGGAAUGUAUGCUUACUCCUCCUAGGCAGCUGAUCCCACUUCUGCUGUGUCCAGGGGUCCAUGUUUGCCCAACUAUCUAUUUUUAUUGCUUGUGGAAGUUAUGAAAUUGAUCACUGUUCGUUAUCUUCGCUUUUCAUCCAAUCGAUAUAUAUGAAUGAAAAUAAUUAUUGUUGAUAGAUAAAACGUCAUCGAUAUAUUCAAGAUAUUUUUUUGUUCUCGUACACUAGCUUUUUAAUAAAUUCUCCCUUUUAUGAAACACGGGUCAGCUAGUAAAGAACAUAAGUCGAAUAUUGUCCGCCAUGUUUCAUACCAAUUGUUAGGUCAUUCUUUACAUAUUGAUUUUGAUCAAGACUCAGAGCUCACGGCGGGUGUGACCGGUCAACAUUGGAUGCUUACUCCUCCUAGGCAACUGCUUCCACCUUUGACGUGUCCACCAGAGGUCCAUGUUUGCCCUAUUCUUACAUUUGUAUUCUUCUUAGAAAUUAUAUUCAGGUUUUUUUGUUCACUUAAUGUUAUUUUUGCAUUUACAUUUGAUCAUACCUGUCUCUUAGUUAAUCCUAUUUGAAUAUUACAAAUGUAUAUGUUAAGCUAAUUUGGCGACAUUCCUGCAGAAAAGGUAAAUACUGUCUGCAUACGUGUGUUUCCUUGUAAACGUAAUUAUAGGAUAGAUGCAAUCAGCAUGCAUGGUUUGUACAGUGUACGCUUACGUCCUUUUAUUUUCAUUUCUUAUUCAAAAGGACAGUUUCUUAGAAAAUGAGUUUUUCUUUCAUAUCCUAUUUCAUGUUUAAUAUCUUUGUGCAAGGUGAAGAUAACGAACAGUGAUCAAUCUCAUAACUCCCACAAGCAAUACAAAAUAGAUAGUUGGGCAAACACGGACCCCUGGACACAUCAGAGGUGGGAUCAGGUGCCUAGGAGGAGUAAGCAUCCCCUGUUGACCGGUCACACCCGCCGUGAGCCCCAUAUCUUGAUCAGGUAAACGGAGUUAUCCGCAGUCAAAAUCAGUGUCUCAUCAUUUAAUAUGUGUUCCUUUAUAGUCGCCUUGAAAAUAAUAUAAACACACCUUUUUAAAAGGAUAACAUUUAUAUAUGAUUUAUAUCUCUUUAUAGUCUCUCUCAAACAAAAAUAUUAAUACAACAUCUACCUCUUUCAAUAAACCUUCCAAACAAGAUUGAAUCUGUCUGAAAUGAAAGUAUUUCUACGAUUUAAACCAAAUGAACUAACAUUGUAAACAUAGAUCCAAGAAUUCAACUCUCCUUUCCCAAGAUGGUCGUGGAAGUUUUGUGGGACCUUUUUAAUUAUCCAUUUUGUAUUUAUUUGUUUGUAAUUCUUUGCUAUGAAUGAUUCACUUGGUGUUUGAUAAUUUAAUAGCGUUACUUGUGCUACAAGUGCUGUGUCUUUACCACUGUUUUGUAUGGAUGACGAUACCUGUAUCUAUCAUUUAGGCAUUUUUUAGAUUGAAACUAAGUUAUUUUUAACUCGGAGUUUAAGUUUUAGUUUCCAGUUUAAUAUUGCAAGGCCUACUACAAUUACAGACACAAGGAAUUGUAUGUUAGAAGACUACUGACCCGUGAUGAUGUUUUUCUUUUCUUAAUCUGUUUUUCAAACGUCACAUUUAUCUAUGUAUACUAUUCAUGUUUCUUCAUUACUUUCAAAGUUUACACUAUACUUGUUCAUGAAGACAUUGAUUAAAAAAUAUUAUCUAAUUAUAACACCUAUUGAUUGUAUAUUUGACAUUUAUGGGACAUCAUUAGAAUGUAAGAUCAUUAUAAGAAUAAUUAGAUUAAAAUUAUUAGAAUGAUGGACAUGUUUACAUUUGGUAUAUGUCAAUAAAUAUAUCAUAUUUA